CUCUGUCUUUGGUUCUGCCCUCUAACAGCUGGACUCUUUUAGAACACAGUCAGCGACAUCCAGACACUUCUUUUCAUUUUACUAUUUAUUUUAGAGCUCUAAUCUAAUCUUUUUAAAGACUCUAUUUGCUGAGUCAUCCCUAUAUUUUUGGGGUUGGGAUUUCAUCCUUAAUAUUCAGGACUAAUGAGUUUCUUCUCGCCUCAGCUGAGUGGUUGAGUACCAGCAGCUGGUACUCUGUGUUUUCCUCGCCGGCAGCAUCAGGGAGGACUUCUCCAGCAGCCUGACUCUUCAGCUGAGCAGCGACUCCGUUUCGUGUCCUGUGGCGCUCCAUCUCUUGCAGCGGACAUGGCGGACCCAGGGGAGUGCAGCAUCAAAGUGGUGUGCCGCUUCAGGCCGCUGAACAGCGCCGAGGUGGCCCGGGGGGACAAGUACAUCCCCAAAUUUAUUGGAGACGACUGCGUGCAGAUUGCGGGGAAGCCGUACCACUUUGACCGCGUGUUCCAGUCCAACACCACUCAGGUGCAGUUCUACAACGCUGUGGCUCUGAAGAUUGUCAAAGAUGUUCUGGAGGGAUACAACGGAACCAUAUUUGCUUAUGGGCAGACUUCGUCUGGAAAAACACACACAAUGGAGGGAAAACUUCAUGACCCAGAUAUGAUGGGAAUCAUUCCUAGAAUUGUCCAAGACAUCUUCAACUACAUUUACUCCAUGGAUGAGAACUCGGAGUUCCACAUCAAAGUUUCAUAUUUUGAAAUCUAUCUGGACAAAAUUCGAGACUUGUUGGACGUAACGAAGACAAACCUGUCAGUGCAUGAAGACAAGAACAGGGUACCCUUUGUCAAGGGAUGUACCGAGCGCUUCGUGUGCAGCCCUGAGGAGGUUAUGGAUGCCAUAGACGAAGGCAAAAACAACAGACACGUGGCCGUCACAAACAUGAAUGAGCACAGCUCCCGGAGUCACAGCAUCUUCCUCAUCAACAUCAAGCAAGAAAACACCCAGACUGAGCAGAAGCUGACCGGCAAACUCUACCUUGUCGAUCUGGCAGGCAGUGAAAAAGUGGGUAAAACUGGAGCAGAGGGAACAGUUCUGGAUGAAGCGAAGAUGAUCAACAAGUCCCUGUCGUCGUUGGGAAACGUCAUCUCUGCUCUGGCGGAGGGCUCGAGCUACGUACCGUACAGAGACAGUAAGAUGACCAGGAUCCUGCAGGACUCCCUGGGAGGAAACUGUCGGACAACCAUGGUCAUCUGCUGCUCACCUUCUGCUUUCAAUGACGCAGAGACCAGGUCCACUCUGCUGUUUGGACAGAGGGCAAAGACGAUCAAAAACACGGUGAGUCUGAAUGUGGAGCUGACAGCAGAGCAGUGGAAGAAGAAGUGGGAGAAGGAGAAGGAGAAGAACAAAACUCUGAGGACCACCAUCACCUGGCUGGAGGCAGAGCUCAGUCGCUGGAGGAAAGGAGAGAGCGUGCCAAUGGAGGAGCAGUUUGACAAAGAAAAGGCUAAAGCUGAGAUGGUGUCACUGGAUGCUGUUCUCAACAACAAUGAAAAGGCUGCACCCAAGCCGUCCCUGGGCAGCCUGCCUGGAGUGGCUCUCAUGGGUCCAGAGAAGGAGAAGUAUGAAGCAGAAAUGGCCAAGCUCUACAAGGAGCUGGACGACAAGGACGAUGAGAUCAACCAGCAGUCCCAGGAGGUGGAGAAGCUGAAGCAGCAGCUGCUGGACCAGGAAGAGCUGUUGGAGUCCUCCCGCAGCGACCACGACACCCUGCAGACGGAGCUGAACCGGCUGCUGUCUGAGAACGAAGCCUCCAAGGAGGAGGUGAAGGAGGUGCUGCAGGCGCUGGAGGAGCUGGCCGUCAACUACGACCAGAAGAGUCAGGAGGUCGAGGACAAAACCAAGGAGUUUGAGGCGCUUAGUGAGGAGCUGAACCAGAAGUCUAGCUCCUUGGCCUCCAUUGACUCGGAGCUGCAGAAGUUGAAGGAGAUGACCAACCACCAGAAGAAGAGGGUCACUGAGAUGAUGUCAUGCUUGCUGAAAGACCUGGCUGAGAUCGGCAUCGCGGUGGGAAGCAAUGACAUGAAGCAACAGGAGAGCAGCGGGCUCAUCGACGAGGAGUUCACCAUGGCCCGGCUCUACAUCAGCAAGAUGAAGGCCGAGGUGAAGGCCAUGGUGAAGCGCAGCAAGCAGCUGGAGAGCAGCCAGGCCGAGAGCAGCCAGAAGCUGGAGGAGACGGAGAGCGACCUGUCCGCCUGCAAGCUCCGCGUCUCCCAGUAUGAGGCUAAGAUCAAGUCCCUGACAGACAACCUCCAGAAUGUGGAGCACAAGAAGAGACAGCUGGAGGAGAACGUGGACCUCCUGAACGACGAGAUAGUCAGGAUCAGAGCUGAGGAGAAAGUAAAUGCCAUGGAGAAAGAGAAUGAGAUCCAGUCUGCCAAUGAAGUCAAGGAGGCUGUGGAGAAGCAGAUCCAGUCUCACAGAGAGGCCCAUCAGAAGCAGAUCGGCAGCCUGAGGGACGAGCUGGACAGCAAGGAGAAGCUGAUCACGGAGCUGCAGGACUCCAACCAGGAGAUCGUCCUGGAGCAGGAGAGGCUGAAAGUGGAGCACGAGAAGCUGAAAGCAGCCGACCAGGAGAAGAGCCGCCAGCUGCAGGAACUCACGCUGCUGCAGGACCGACGAGAGCAGGCCAGGCAGGACCUGAAAGGACUGGAGGAAACUGUGGCUCGGGAGCUGCAGACACUCCACAGUUUGCGGAGGCUUUUUGUGCAGGAUUUAUCCAGAAGAGUAAGAAAGAAUGGGCAGGACAUGGAUGACUCGGAAGCCUGCGCUGCUCAGAAACAAAAGAUCAGCUUCCUGGAGAGCAACCUGGAGCAGCUCACCAAAGUUCACAAGCAGCUGGUGCGAGACAACACCAACCUUCGCUGUGAGAUCCCCAAAAUGGAGAAGCGCCUGCGUGCCACAGCGUCGCGAGUCCAAGCACUGGAGGCCGCCCUGAAGGAAGCCAAGGAGAGCGCAGCCCGCGAAAAGAAACGUUACGAGGAAGAGAUGGAGCGCAUCAAGGACACAGUCAAGCCCAAAAACAUGGGCAGGAGACCCUCUGCGGUCAUAGUGAAGCCUAUCAGACCGGGCCAGCUGCCCGGAGCGUCUCCCUUGAUUGGCAUCAACCGGGCACUACUACUGCAGAACAGCCAAUCUGAUACCAUUGGAGAGGACAAUGACAGCAGUUAAGGAUCUUCAGACAGAUGCCCAAACUGGAAGCCAGAACCUCAAACCAGCAGACUGCACUAAGUCCUGGACACUCUGCACAAAUCCUCCAGUGUCAAAAUGUGUACAUACUGUAUAGAAAAGCACCGCAGCUCUUUAAGGCUAACAAGCUGCUGAUGCAAGCAAGAUUGUUGCAAAUGCCCUGAAAAUUCUGCUUCUACCGUGAGAACUUUGUGUUCGUUUCAGCCGCAUAUUAAUCAUCAGCUGGUAAAAGAAAGCGAGCCGACGCUGCACUAAAGACCUCUAACGUGGCCGUUUACACGACAUUGUCGCCAAGUCAACACGAACCCAUUCAACCGCAGGGUAGAACAAAUCCACGUGUGGAUGUGGCGUCAUUUCCUUCAGCUGAAUGGAAACAAAACUGAAGUUAUUAUUUCUUGACCUACGCAGCAGCUUCAGUUAUUACAGCUGGAAACAAGAGAUCAGGCCCAAAAUCUGGGUGCAGUGCUGAACUCUGACCCGAACCUUCAGAGCCACACAAAGAUAGUCGCAAAGUCGGCCUUCUGUCACCUGGAGAACAUCUCCAGGAUGAGAGGAUUCAUGUCCCAACAUGAUGAAGAGAAACUCAUCCAUGCUUUCGUCUUUAGUUGCAUUAACUGUAGGUCUGUCGCCAUAUUUGACGAAAUAUAUCUAUGUCUUCACUUAACAGAAGCUGAAUGAAACAAAGGAUAAAAAGAAUCAAUUUUCCCAGAUUUAGUUUUUGUUUUCUAAACAUAAUAAAUUGCAGUUUGAAGAAUCUCAAUAUUUGUGGCAUUAUUUCCUGAUAAUGUUAACUUUAAAUCAUCAUUUAAAGUUACAUAUUUAAAUGAUGAUUUUAUUGCAUUCCAUGGAAUCCAUAUUUCCAUUCUGGAAAGCAAGAAUAGCGGAAUCCCAUUUGUGCUUCCAUCUCUCAUUUCCUCCUCACACUGACAGGCUGAGCUUCUUUUCCCUGCUGUGGCUCUUUUUCAGACAAACAUUCCUACAUUAUCCUGAAAUCCUGCCCGCUUGUUCUUUGUCCUGAGGCUGAUGUCAGUCAGUCUGCAGUCUGGGUGAGUGUUUUCCACUGAAGGCCUGCUUUGCUCUUGGAUCAUGCGAGCAUUAAAUCAUUCAUGAUCUUGCUCUGAUGGUGAAACCACCCGCCGUGUCUGCCAAAGAGCAGUCAGCGCCGACGGGAGGGGCCGCGGGGAAACUUUACGCGCUCAAGAUCUGAACAACGUGAACGUUAAAGCCGGGAUUUUGCGUGUUGUAAUCAAUCGUUGGAGGCGCGACGGGAUGAAAGGAGACGUCAAACAUACUCCAGCUGGAGCAGAGAGUUUCUGGAGGUGUCGAGCCGGGAGGCGCGCGGGCCACGGGGCCACGGGGCUCCGGAUGCGCCCCGUCAGCGCUGACGGACAGACGGGCGGGAUGUGAGAGACAAGCCCGGUGUUCGCUGAGGAGAGACCGCAGCGGGAUCAAGCUGCUGAGUGAAGCUCCAAUCACAUCCGCCAGGAGCUCCAAAAUAAAAGCAGGAAACUUGAAUGAAUUGGGAGUUAAUUGAAGCUUUAAAAAAACCUAAAGGCCUAAUAACAUUUAAUU